AUGGAUUGUUUUUAUCAUUUAUGCCAAAGUACUCAUAAGCGUAUACAAAAGUUAGGACUAGAAACUAAAUAUCGAACAGAUGAGGAUUUCAGCCAUUUUUGUACUAUGUUAGAUAGCUUAGCUUUUCUUCCAUUAAGCAACAUCAACGAAGGAAUGGAUUAUCUUAAAACUAUUGUUUCUUUAGACGCGGAUGACUUAGUCGAUUAUUUUGAUUCAGUUUAUGUACGUAGUCCUUUGUGUAGAAUAGGAACUGAUGAAAAUUUAAGUAUUCGGUUCCGUCGACUUCCUCCUUAA